CAUGGGAGCUGCGUAAAGGUGCGCGCGCAUCUCGCUUCCGUGCGUAAAUGAGCUCUAUGGAGUGUGUAAGAGGAGAGUUUGCGAGUGCCGGUGAGGCUGAGUCGCAACGGCGUAUUACAGCGGCAAAAAGUAAGAAAAGUUAAGGUGUUUGUUCGAAAAAUCAUUAAACGUCAAUCCGCCAUUCGGGAUCUGAAUCUGAUCACAAUUAAUGCCAGUAUUUUGGAGAAUGACGCAAGCGAAGCGAGCUGUGGAGAGCGUCGAGAUCCCGUAGGAGAGUUGAAGCAGCAGGAGGUGGUGGAGGGGGAUAAUCAUACAGUCUACACCACUGCAGGAACGAAACGAACGCCGGUAGCGCCGAGCGCAGCGCAUGCACGGUUUUGACGUCUGCAGGGAGUAUUUCGGCGUUGACAAGGACAUCGUAUCCGGCAUGGAAUGGACCAGAGACAAAACCCUGGAGCUCCUACACGCCUACCAGGAGAGACGAAUGCUCUGGGAUUGGGGCGCCAGGGGAUACAGGGACAGGACAAAGCGGCGCAGGGCGAUCCAGGAACUCGCCGACAUGCUCAACUGCAACACCCUUGAAAUCGAGAAGAAGAUUACUAAUCUCAAGUGUCAGUACUCACGAGAAGUUCACAAGAUACAAAACAGCAGGGAUGUCGCUACUGGACCGGAUGAUAUCUAUGUUUCAAAGUGGUUUGCUUUUAAAGCUAUGCAGUUUCUUCGGUUUGGAACACGUCGGUACAGCAAAAGGAAGAAGAAAACCGAUCCAAUCAAGAUUGAGGAGGAAGAGUACAUAGUGAGCGACAUUGAUCCUGAAAGUAUCGCAUUUCAUGGCUGUGAUGACGGUACUAAUGGUUCAGCGACAGGAUCUGUGAUAAAUGCAUCGUUCAGCGAGGAUGCUGAAGAGUCAUUUUUGUCCAGUAUCAAAAUGGAGGAAAAUGACAGGCUCGGGUUGACAGUGAAGGACGAAAGAUCAAUAGGUCCCAAUGAUGAGGAAAUGAACGCUGAAGGACACAACGAUGAGGAUUGGAAAAUCAAGGAGGACUACAUAAAGUUUGGCGAGAGUAUAGCUGCUCAGCUCGCUCAAGUACCGGACUCGUAUUCCAGAUCCGUGGCAAAGCUCAGGAUCAAUCAGAUCCUCUUUGAAGCUGAGAUUGGUGUUUAUGCGCAAACUAGGUCUUGAAUGGAAUGAAAGACAAAUCGUAAUUUUAUUUUCCAUUCAUUUAGCCUCAGAGUUGUCUGUGACGAAGAGAAUAAAAAAAUGAUUCAAAUUGAUCAAACACUCUUGCGUGUCGUAUCAUAAAUUGCGGAGAAUUCUUAUGGUCGAAAAAUAAAUUAUGAAUCUUCUGUUCACAAAUGCGAUUCGGCAGCUUUUAAAUACGCUGUUUAAUGAUAUAACAGAUAUUUUAUUAUAAGCUUGAAUUUUACACAGCUGGAGAAGUGAAAUUUAGGAUAGUCUCGUUAUACUUCGGGUCAAAGAGACCUUCUAAUAGGAUAUUCGUCUCGCCUUUUAAAAGAAAACUUACUAUAUUCUUCACGUGAAAUCAUUGUUAUAGGUAUACGAUGAAAGGCUGAUUGACAUUAAAUUAUAGAUUAAGGAUUCUUGUAUUACUUACAAAAAUGAAACAUCAUUACAAUACAUGCGUAUUUUUUGAGAUCAAGUGAUUGUAAGGUUAGUGUACAGAUUUUUUCCUUAUACAGUAUUUCUAAUUUGUAAGUUUGUUUAUAUUCGUACUUAUAAAGUAUACCAUGUAGGGCAUUGAAGGUGCACAUUUGGCAGGCUCCUGACUUUUUUCACACAUCUUCCAUUGUUUGUUUAUAAAAAAAAAUCUAUUAUUCGAUCAUAUUCGCGUAAAUUGAGGUAUCUGCUUGAUUCUAUAAUUUAUCAUAGAUACGACAGUUUGAAUUUAAAUAUCUUACUUUACAAAGAUUUUCAAUCGUGUUAAUGGGAAAUUAAUUCCUUACUCUGCUGUUCUGCAAAAGAGUUACUUCACUGCAUAUAGUUUAUGUAAUGUGGAAAAAAACGAAGUUAGUGAAAUUGUAAUAUGUAAAUCAGUCACAAAAAAUGCUGUAAAAGUCACGUGAGAGUUAAUUUUUUUUUACAAGCUACAUGAUAAAGUGUAAUAUAGCGAGAAUAUACAUUUUCUCAAUCAAAGUUAUAUACUUGGUUAAAAAGCCGUGAUCACAACGAUCUUCUAGUGUUGUGAUAUGUAAUUGAUAAGUAUAAUAUAGUCGUAAAAUAUAUUAAAAGUUCGAUUUAAAGAAAUAUUAUAGGGUAAACAAAAAGAAAAAAUCCUUCAACUUUGAUGUAGAACAUAAAUAGUAAUACCUAUGUAGAUAUGUAGUUUGCGCACGUAAUGCAAAACUACCCUCUACGUAAUUAUAAUUAAAACCUUACAGACAUUUUUAUGACAGUGCCGUGUCUUCGAAAGAAAAUUUGGCCAUUUUUGUACCCGUUUAUAUAUGGACUUUUUGAACCUACAUAAAAUUAUCAAUUUAUUGUUAGGUUAAUUUGUGCACAAUAUCUUGUUUUUGAAUAAAUAUUUACAC